AUGCUUUAUCUUAUCAGUAUUAAUAUACUCCUAUUUAUUGGCUGCUACAUAGCUGGAUGCAUACCCAUAUCUUUUAAACUCCCAGUAUCGAAAAUUCGUAUACUCACUGUGUUUGGUGCUGGUCUACUUUUGGGCGCUGCUCUAGUUGUGGUAAUUCCUGAAGGUAUUGCAGCCAUCUAUAAUUCGCAUAAACAUCAACAUGUCAAUUUUAAUUCAAAUAAGGGAAAUGCUUUGAUUUCUCCGAAUUCACGUAAAUUAUAUGAAGCAGAUAUAAUGGAGUCAACCAAUGAAAAACACCAGUCAUUAACAAUCAAUCAAAACAGCAAUAACAACAAUCACAAUGAUCCAAUGAAAAUAGACGAUACACAUCAAAAUGAACCUCCUGAUCAUGAUCAUAAUCAUAAUGAUAAUGAUAAUCAUAACAAUAACAAUCAUAGUCAUAUUCAUCAACAAAUUGGUAUUGCCUUAUUAUUAGGUUAUUUAUUUAUGUUAAUCAUUGAUCAAAUGAGUUAUACUAUAUUGGAAUUAACUUGUUGUCAAACAAUAUUAUUUAGUGUAAAAAAAUUAUGCUAUCGUUCUAUAUUAUGUAUACCAUUAAUAGCUAAAUUUAAAAAGAGCGCCAGUACCAUUGGUGGUAAUUUAAACAAAACUAAUUCAAUGAACAAUAAUACAACGAAUAAUAAUAAUAAUAAUAAUAAUACAUCAGCAACAGCUAUGAAUAGUACAAAUAACACAAAUAAUUUGACCAAUGAAAUAACAAAUAAUAAUGGCCUUCAUUAUAAUAGUUCAUCUAUUGGUUCAAUGCAAUUAGCCAAUCAUAAAGGAUUUAUUGUUACAUGUGGUUUAGUGAUACAUUCAUUAGCUGAUGGUUUAGCAAUUGGUUCAGCAUUUGCAUUAAAUCAAUUACAAUUGGAAUUGAUUUUAUUUUUAGCUAUUAUUUUACAUAAAAUUCCAGCUGCUUUUGGCUUAGCAUGCUUUUUAUUACAUGAAGGAUUUACACGUGAUCGAAUUCGUCUACAUAUGAUUGCUUUUUCACUUUCUUCUCCGCUGGCAUCAUUUUUCACAUACUUUUAUCUUUCAUUAUCUUCAACAUCAUCAACGGAUACUGAUAUCAAUGUAGCAUCAACAAGAACAGGCUUAGCACUUCUACUUUCCGGUGGUACAUUCCUGUAUGUUGCCGCAACACAUAUUCUACCAGAAUUAAUCAAUUCCUCCGGUACUACUACUACUAGCCAUACAAUGGACUAUAAUUCUGCCGGUGGUGUACUACAUUCAAAUUUUGCUAACAUACAAUUAAGAAAUUCCAGUUUAUCAUCAUUGUUGCCUGACACAUCAUCAUCAUCAUCAUCAUCAGACCACAUGAUGAGUGCAUCUUCAUCAACCAAUUAUGCCUUAUACACUGUAGAUAAUAGUCAUGAAUCAAUUAUCAUGUAUAAUUAUCCAAAAUUUAAUGACUAUGCUCGUACUGUAUCACAUGUGCAUCGUUUAAGCUUGAUGGAAGUGAUUGUUUUAAUUAGUGGUACAAUUAUACCAAUUCUAUUGUCUACAAGUCAUUCACAUUAAUCAUUGAAUUAUUGAAUAUUGAACAGAAAAGAAAACAGUUUUGUUGUUUUUUUUGUUCUAUUCAUUUCUCAACUUUUCAUUGAUUGAUUUCCUUACUGUGUACACUUCCAUGAUAUUUGCAGGGAUUUUUUUUUCUUGAAAAAAAUUCUAUCUAUGGUUUGUUUUCUUAUUAUUUAAUGUAAAUCAUAUCAUUGAGCUUUUUCCCCUACGUCUCUCCCCUUUCUUUCAAUCAAUCAAUACUGUGAUAUUUGUGUGUGACGUGUAAGUGUGAUUGCACAAUUGACGACAUGAUCUUGAUGCCAUCAACCAAUUCUCUCUCCUUAUAUAUAUAUUUAUAUUUUAUAUUCUUACUACUAUUUUCCAAAUGAGUAGUAUAAUUAUAUAUGAUGUAUUUUUUGACUGUGUGUGUGUGAAUAUAUGUUUUUUAAACAAGAGCAUUCAUUAUCAGUGAGUGGUAAAACUGCUUUUCAAUGCUUAAAUUUCUAAAAGUUUAAUAAAAGAAAGAGGCUAUGAAUAUUUCUUAAAUUAUACUGAU